CAGUGAACGAAACUCCUAAAUUUAUCAAGCAACAUGGUCGACACUUGCACCUGCCAGAGUAGCUGCGGAGCCUGCGGUCCUUCGGGAACUGGCUGCCAAUGCCCCAAGGGAAAGUGCAACUGCAAGGAUUGCGUUAACAAGGCCCACUCCAGCUCGUGCCAAUGCAGUGGCUCGGGCGACAACUGCGGCUGCACGCAGGAGGGGAAGGCUUGUACUUGCUGAAUGUUGAAACGACGAAGCUCGCCCUUGGCUCAAUGAUAGCGAUAUACGGCCGGGAUCAGAGAUGCGAAGUGGAUCACACGGUUGUAA